UGUUAUCUAAUAAAUCUUUACAAAUUCAAAUCAAAGGAAACACUUCUUCGCUAUACAAAAUAUAAUUCAAUUGUUUCACAAAAGAGUCUCCAAAUAGAAUCUCGCAGUGUUUACGAAUUCCACAUUGAUCUCCAUCGACGAGCAGUGAUUUGCAAUUUAUUUGCAGGAACACCGACGAAGAACAACGCAGUUUGUUCAAGUGAUUUACGUAACGGGCCUUCCACUCCCUCCUUCUCUGUUGCUCGUCCAACGAUAAAACCCGUAUACGUAUUCGUCCAUACUUAUAACAUUCCUCCUAGUUACCGGAUAGAGUCCGUUCGUAAUCCAUCCUCCGCGGCAAUGGAGUCGGUGUCGUUUUCUUUUUCACUGAAACUGUUGGUGCUCGCAUUUUUAAUCAUCGGUUUGGCGAAGCUUAUUUCCAUCGUCUACAUCCAGCACACAUAUUGGAAAAAAAGGAAUGCUCCCUAUAUCAAAGGGAUGCCAGUGUUCGGUUCCUCGUGGAGGCUGUUCCUUCGUCGAAUAUCCUUCCCGGACUGCUGCAAAUUCAUCUACAAUUAUUACCCGAAUCUUCGAUACGUGUGUGUGAUGGAUUUCUCGACACCUGGUGUGGUGAUUCGCGAUCCAGUAUUGAUCAGAGAAAUAGCAAUCAAGAACUUCGAACACUUCCCUGAUCACCAGAGCUUCAUCAACGAAAAGAUCGAUCCAAUUUUUGGCAAAAAUGUAUUCUCCUUAAGAGGCGAACGUUGGAAAGAGAUGAGAAGUACCUUGAGCCCAUCUUUCACCGCCAGUAAAAUGAGAUUCAUUUUUGAAUUGGUCUCCAAGUGUUCUCAAGAAUUCGUCAAUUAUCUCUACAAUCAUCCGGAGUUUUCUUCAUCGAUUGAGGCUAAAGAUGCAUUCACAAGGUACACAAAUGACACCAUUGCUACCGUUGCUUUUGGGAUCAGUGUGAAUUCCUUAAGGGACCGCGAGAACGAAUUCUACAAGAAAGGAGCCGAUGCUACCAACUUCGGUGGUUUGUUCCGAUUGAUGAAGUUCCUGUUGUUCCGUAUGAAUCCACGAUUGACCAGGAUGGCUGGAUUCUCGUUCCUUUCCCGUGACACGGCCAGUUUCUUCAAAAGAGUCGUCUUCGAGACGGUGAAGGCACGGGACGAGCAAAAUAUAGUUCGACCAGAUAUGAUUCACCUUCUGAUGGAGGCUAGAGAUAAGGAGAAGCUGGUAUCCCGUCAGAUGACUAUCGACGAUAUCACAGCUCAAGCGUUCAUCUUUUUCUUGGCUGGUUUCGAUACAUCUUCAACAUUGAUGUGUUACAUUGUCCACGAAUUGGCGAUUAAUCCGGAUAUUCAAGAGAAGCUUCGUCAAGAAAUUGAUCGCUAUAUGCAGGAAGGAAAUGGAGAAAUAUCCUAUGAAGCUUUGUCCAGAAUGAAGUACAUGGAAAUGGUGACCUCGGAGGCACUUAGGAAGUAUCCUCCAUUGGUUCUCAUUGAUAGAUUGUGUGCAAGGAAGUUUCAAUUACCUCCAGCUGGACCUGGUUAUAAUAGUGUUACUGUGCAUCCUGAUAACGUCGUCCUGUUUCCUGUGUACGCGUUGCAUCAUGAUCCAAAAUGUUUUCCUGAACCCGAAAAGUUUGAUCCUGAACGUUUCAGUGACGAGAACAAGGAUAAAAUUGAUCCUUAUACUUAUUUGCCUUUUGGACUUGGACCUCGAAAGUGUAUUGGCAAUCGUUUUGCUUUAAUGGAGACUAAGAUUUUGAUAGCUCAUCUUCUGCACAGGUUUUACUUAAAGUGUACUGAAAAGACUAAAAUACAGAUUGAAUUUAGUAAGAAGAAUUUUUCCAUAACACCAGAUGGUGGAUUUUGGAUUGGUUUAGAAAAAAGGAUCGUUUAAUUGACUUAUCGAUGUUUCAUUGUCUUUUUGAUAUCUCGAAAAUAAUUCUUUUUAAUUUAGCUAAUUAAUGUGUGUGUUGUGUAUUUGUAAAUGAAGAGAAGAAUGGUUUUUGUACGUUGUUUUUGUAUUAUAAAAUGUAAGGAAAAUUAUUAUUUAUUUAUAUUAGAGGUGUUUAUAAAUAAUAAUUGUUGAAUGUGGAACAAAAAGAACUCUAUAACUAUGUUUUUUCUACAAAGAAAUAUAAUUUUCUUUCUUCCUGGAAUAGGUUUAUUAUCGUCAAUAAUUUCUUAUGAAAAAGUUGUACUUUGACUUUGUUUCGAUAUAUCUUCAUUAACUGUGUGAUGUUUGUGUCAAAAGUAUGUAACGAGUUCGUGAUUCUGUUAAUCGGAUGAUACUAUUUUUAUUUUCGCUUUAUACUUUAUUAGUAUCAGUAUCUUAACGUAAUGAUAAUUAAUUAUGUAACAAUUUAUCUGCAUUGGGAACUGUAUCCUUUUCUUACACUUUGGAACAGGUUUUUCUCGAUUAUAUUAUUGAUUAUAUAUUGAAUGAACUUUAACUGUUAUGUAUCAAUGUUAUCUUUAGCUCGGUUAGUGACUUUGAUGAAAUUAUUUUUACAUUCGUAUAAAAACAUUCAUACCAAAGUCUAAUGAUCUUCAGACUACUUUUAAAUAGAC